GAUGUGGAAUUGUUUUCAGUGCUUUUUUACAAUUAUUUACUAGAUUUGAACAACUAACGACGAUUUUUCAUAGGAAAACAGAAUUAAUUGAAGGAAUAAUAAAACAAUGCGUCAGCGUUUUUUAAAAAAACAUGACGCCUCCGCCCCUCAUAGUGAACCCAUAAAUCAACAUCAAUCUCAAGACUCUACAAACACCCCGGAAUUUGAAGAAAUAAUACGUCACAACUCUCAAGAAGUUACCUGUCUUGAUCAUUUUAAAAACACGCCAAUGUGUGGAGUGACAGAGGCUUUUUUCAUUGUUAUGGAUAUCUUACCCCGUCCCCUUAUCUCUUGCUUGGUUCCGGACAUUCCUUUGCAUUUUAAAAACAUGCUAACAAACAUUUCUGAAGAUUAUAUCAAACCCUACAAUCGCGAAAACCCUUCGCAUGUGGAUCUGCUUCGCCGUUUAUGGAAAGGCCAUCACAAAGUGAUGUUUAACGAUAUCCCUUUUGAAUUUGUUCACGAAAGAUGGAGAGAGCUCGGCUUUCAAUCAGAUGACCCGUCAAGAGAUUUUAGAGCUGCUGGGAUUUUUGCCCUCGGUCAACUCGUGUAUUUAGUGGAAACCUAUCCCAAUCACUGGAGCCGAUUUCUCGCCUCAAAGGAUUUUAUUCUUUCUUGCGUCGCCAUUAAUGUAAGUAUGCGUAUUAUCACGUUGCUAGAGCUGAUCCCGAUGUUUAAUGUCUAUUCAUCGAAAUUUUCACAGAAUUACACCACUUUGUCAGCAAAGGCGAGGCUCUGCAAUUUAAUUUACAGCACAAACAGUAAAGUUUCAUUCUGCUUGUUGGCAGAUGUGUUUUGCUGUUACAUGUGCGUACUCGAGAAGACUUGGGUGGAGUCUGGGAAGAGUUUGCUUGAGUUUAAUCAAGUCCUCGAGAAGUUUUUGAAAAGGUUUGAUCGAACAAUAUGCAUGUCAAAAUCUAUCGACGAUUUGUAUACUUUAUAGAAAAUGGAAAAAAAAUGAAUGGAUGUACGAAGCAAAAGUCAAAGGAAAGGAUAUGAUGUGCAAAAUAUUAUUAUUAUCAUUUCUGCUAAAUAAAAAGGUGUUGAUUCUGAAGAAUAUUAAUUAGCUGUUGCUACAAUAUGUUGAUUAAGUAGUGUAAUAGUAGGGGGGGAAGGUUUUUUGUUUUAAGAAAAGUAGUCGGCAUCAAUGUUAUACUUACUAUGUGUUUAAUUUUAGUACCGCGCUUUCCCUAUUCCCUCCCCUCACCCCCUUCAUACAACUCCCUUCGAUGUUUAUUUAUUUAUCAAAACUAUAUCUUUAGCUUUAUCUCUUUGGGCCCAUUCUGGCACUUUAUUUCCCUCCUGAAAUAGGGUAGGGAAAUAAAAGAAAAAAAAAUUAUACUCAACUACAUUUAUACGAUGCAAUGCUAAAAUCAAGUGAUCCAUUCAACAAUAAGGAGGAAA